AUGCCGCCUCGUCGCCGCUACCCCCGCAAGGAGAAGAAGGAGAAGCCCGUCAUCUUCGGACCCGAGCCUCCUCCCAAGGAGCCUGUUGCACCGCUAGAACCGCGUCCGACCGCAACCGAGGGCGAGACGGCUACGCAGGACCAGGACGGGGAGCAGGAGCAGGGGACGAGCGGAGUGCCUCACAUCGAUGGCGGAGCAGGGGGCGGGGGAGGCGGGAGGGGCAGGAGGCGCAAGAAGCUGCCGAAGAAGAAGUUCAACAAGGACAGUCGCGGCGGGUGGGAGGACGACCAUGUCGAGCGCGACCCUCACCCCGAGGACAAGGGACGGUAUGAGCCCUCGCUCCCAUGGGACCUCCGCCUCCUCCGCUGCUGCGACGAGUUCCGCUCCCUCCGCUCGCUGGGCCAGCUCCCGUACAAGGUCAACUACCAGAAUGUCCUGCGCUACUUUCAAGUCGACAUUGUCGCCCUGCGCGAAAAGUACGGGAUGCAGUCCUUGCGCGGCUACGACCCGGACGACUUUGACGACGACGCCGGCGGCGAGGACGGCGACGAGGAAGACGACGGCGACGAGGCGAAGGAGGCGACGGUCGAGGACGUUGUCGAGAAGACGGAAGACGAGUGGGCCGAGACAGUCUUCAGCCUGCAAAGACUCGCAAUCUUCUUCAACAACCGCACGAACGACGGCUAUGUCCCUUCGCUCUGGCUCGCCCCCAUUGUCAUGCAGAGCUUUCUCAAGUUCAUGCUUACCCGCAAGGUCUUCCCCGGCCGCAAGAAGGCUAUCGAGGACUGCAUUGCGAUGUGCGGCAUUGCGAGGGCGCAGCUUCACCCGGCGCAUCUCCUCCUCAGGCAAGCUGUCAACGUCUCGACCCUCGGGCCCGCCAUCCGCGUCCUCUUCCCCGAGCCCGACUCUGUCCUUCCUUCGCCCAUCGUCGACCGCCCUGACCCGGUCAAGCAGCUCACCGACCGUCUGCCCGACGUCUUCUCCGCCAUGAGCAUUGUCGACGAUGCAGACGAAGACAACGAGCUCGGCGCGGAAGUUGUCUCGCCGCCGGAGAUGCCGACGUGGGAACAGGCCAGGCAGGCGAAGCAGGAGAAAGAGGAGAAGGAGCCGGACGACCCGGAGGAGAGGACGAGGAGGCGAUUCGCUGGGCUCAAGGAGCGCUUUGAGCGCGAGGCGAAGGCGAUGGAGGCGUGGCAGAAGUGCGGGAGGAAGGACAGGACGUCGACGAGCGUCCUGAAGGACGCGCUUGACAAGCUGCACAAGGGCGGGAAGGAGGUCGAGGGGGAGUGGAGGGUCGGGUACCGCGAGAGAAGCGCUCGCUCGCUCGUCGGGUGGGAGAUCGUGUAUAAGGGCAAGGUCGCGCCUGUCGCAGCCGAAGGAGACGCCGGUGACCCGCAGCAGACGGAGGAGGAAGAGCACAUGCUCGUCAAGGUUCAGCUCUCGCCGCACCAGCGCGACUUCCCCGUCACCGACGCCCUCUUCUUCCCCUCUAUCUCGACGCAAGACGCCCUCGCUACGCUCGGCAAUGACGACUCGAUCAUCUCGCACACACUCGACGAGCCGCUCACCGUCCUCCUCGACCUCUCGCCCUCCUUCGACCUCAAGCACCUCGACGCGCUCAAGUCCUCCAUUCUCGAAUCCGACCUCACGCAACUCGUCUUCGUUCCGACCCUGCCAAACGACACGGUCAAGACGCUCUGGAUCGUCGACCGUCUCUGGCGGGUCAUCCCCUCGUACUGGCAGCACGCCGGCGACCUUCUCCGCGAAGAGCCUGGGAGGGUGAUGAGCCACCCAGGAGGAUACGGACCGUCGCCGCAGGAGGCGCUUGCGAUGAUUGAGGAGGAAAUGGAGGCGGAGGAGGCCGAGAAGGCGAACAGGGCGUGCGAUACGGGCGCGGGAGGCUCGGCUCAGGUGCAGGAGGAGGAAGAGCAGGAGAAGAUUGUCGAGGUCGCUUAG